AUGACUACAGCAAUUCCUGUUAAGAAAGCCAUUGGUGCAUUAUUACGUGAUCCUGGGAAUUCCAUAUGUGCCGAUUGUAAGAGUCAAUCACACCCACGGUGGGCGUCAUGGUCGUUGGGUGUAUUCAUUUGUAUCCGCUGUGCUGGUGUUCAUAGAUCUUUGGGGACUCAUGUUUCAAAAGUUAAAUCUGUUGAUUUAGAUACGUGGAAAGAAGAACAUUUAAGGAUGUUAAUUCGAAUGCAAAAUAAUGAUAUUGCUAAUUUAUAUUAUGAAUGUCGAUUAAGUGAUGAAAUUAAAAGUAAUUUAAAACAAUCUUUAUUAGAUACGAAUAAAUUACAAACUUUUAUUAGAGCGAAAUAUGAAGCUAAAAAAUGGAUUGGUGACAGUAUUCCGAAUAAGAAAGAUUUAUCAUUAAUGAAAGAAAAUCUAUUAGAUAAUAAUAAUAAUAAUAAUAAUAAUAAUAAUGGUGGUAGCAAUAGUAGUAGUGUAUCAUCUUUAAAUGUUGCACCAAUUUCUAAUGAUUUAUUAAAUGAUAGUAUGAAUAAAUUGAAUAUCAGUAAUAGUAGUAAAAAUAAUAGUUUAGUUAAUUUAGAAAAAUUAUCCUCAUCAAUAUCCAAUGGAUCGACAUCGAAUAAUAAUACUAGUAAUACAGCAAGUUCAAAUACAACCACGACAACAAAUACUAAUACUAAUAUUAAUGCGAAUAGUAAAUUGAAUCAAAGACCAGAUCUUAAGAAAUCGAUAUUAUCCCUUUAUUCAAAAUCAAACACUAAUGUAAGAAAUCCAGCAAAUAUUGCAAGUAAUAAUAAUAAUAAUAAUACAUCAUUAUCAGGGAUAUCAUCAUUAGCGUCAUCUACUACAAAAUUAAAUAAUAAUAAUAGUAGUAGUACAUGGUCAUCUACUAUUAAUAAUAACAAUAAUAAUAGUAAUUCUGCAUUAUCAUUAGAUGACAAUGAAUUAUUUAAAAAUGUAUGGUCAUAA